AUGUCGAAGAAACGUCCACGAAACACGAAUCCCGAGCCGUUUUUGCCGCUGGGCUCCGACGCAUUCUCCACUGGAAAGAAGCGGCACAGGCUGCCGAAGCACCACCAGCUAGAGGACAAGCUCGUCCCGUCGACCGUCAGCUCCACGAUCCUCAAGGAAGCCCUUUUGCAGCAGAAGGAGAUCCAGCGAGAAGAGGAAAGCGCCAACAAUGUCUCCGAUCACACCGCCAACAGUAACAUCGUGUUUCCCCAAAGUCACGGCCGCAAAGAAGACGAAUACGACGAUGACGACGUGGAUGAUUCCAAAGGGUUUUUCGAGGAUGAUAUUAAUGAGGAGGACGAGAAGUUGCUGGAGGCCUUCCUAUCAAAAGAUAAUAGCCUUGAACGAACCGUUGCUGACAUCGUGGAGGAGAUCACGAAAAAAGAUGCUCAAGUUUCAAUCGGAGCACAACCAAUGACGAAAUCGGACGACUCGGUCAUUGAACUGUACAAGAGGGUUGGUAAACUGCUUAGCAAGUAUACCUCUGGAAAGAUUCCCAAAGCUUUGAAGUUCAUACCUUCUCAACCAUCCUGGGAAGAACGUCUAUACUUGACCGAACCUGAUAAAUGGUCACUGAAUGCACUGUAUCAAGCAAUAGUAAUCUUUGCUUCUAGUAUGGGUGUUAAUAAGGUGGCACAUUUCUAUAAGUUUGUUUUGUUGCCACGCGUGAAAGAAGACAUACGAAAAAAUAAGACGCUGCACCCUGCUUUAUAUCAGUCGUUGAUAAAGGCUUGCUACAAACAAGCUGCUUUUAUUAAGGGAAUCUUAAUACCCUUGUGCGAGUGUAAAGAGACACUAAAUGCAGCUUUUGGGAAUUUCUCAAGCAACAUGCAUCUCUCAAGGACAUGCAAUCUAAGGGAGGCUGACAUUAUUGGGAGCAUCAUUAAGAAGUUAUUCAUCACGUUACUAAUUGAGAAGAAGUGCGCAUUGACAUAUACUGCACUUGAUGCUUUGGUUGCACAUUUUAUGAAAUUCUAUGAUGAGUCCACAGUAAUGCCUGUGAUCUGGCAUCAAUCACUUCUUGCAUUUGCACAGAGGUACAAAAAAUGGAUUAAAAAAGGAGGACAAAGAUCGUCUCAUUGCACUAGUUGA